CGAGAGACAGAUCUGCAGGCAGACAGAAGAAUUAGAAAAGGAGAAGGAACCUUACCGUGUCUGUCUUAUGGGCGUUGCAUUCUCCAUCUUGGUAAGGCAGAGGUUAAGAUAUUGAUCAUGUGCUGUCUGUUCCAAGUGAUGUUACAGCCAUCGGCUCUACAGGAUGAUUUUCAUCCUUUCGGGGAUUUUUCUUGAGGCUGUAAUAUCAACCCUUCUGCAACUGGAUGUUGAGAAAUCCAUCAACCUACUUCCGACUGGGCUGAACGCCGCUCUGUGCAAAAAUCUUAAAAACAACCAGCACGUUUGCAUUUAUAGGAAAAGCCGCACUCUCAGUUUGCAAGAAGAGCGUUUGUGAAACCUGACGUUCGCCUCCUUGACUUGCUCGCUUCAAUGAGAUAUUAGAGACAAGGUGAACGAAACCCCAUCACAAACCCCUCUGCUUCGACAAUGUUGCCGUUGUUGGAGGUUGCCGACAGUAUCACCGAGGAAUCGGAGGCAGCCAGGAACUGGGAAGAUGAUCAGGGAGAUGAGUUACGACCUUUGGACACCCCUUUCCAGGAGGAGAGCAAGCCUGCUCCAAGGAUCAUGAUAAGAAAAGAUUGGGGUAAAAAUGUGAGUCCAAAGGAUCCAAACCCCUUUAACAGAGAUCGUAUCUUUGCUGCUGUUGCAAGCGGCAAAUCUGAGGAGCUUGAAGGCUUGGCUGAGUACCUCCAACGAAACCGUAAAUUUCUCUCCAACUCUGAAUACAGAGAUGGAAAAACUGGGAAGACUUGCUUAAUGAAGGCCCUGCUGAAUUUGAAAGAUGUGACGAACCCCACGGUUGCAUUGCUAUUGAAGAUAGACCACGAGAGUGGGAAUCCAACCCCGCUAGUCAAUGCCGCUUGCACUGACAGCUACUACCAAGGCAACACAGCACUGCACAUUGCCAUUGAAAAGAGGAGUUUAGAUUUAGUGAAGCUCCUGGUAGAGAACGGUGCCAACGUCCAUGCCAGAGCCUCUGGAGAGUUCUUCCACAUGAAGAAGAGAGGAGUGUGCUUCUAUUUUGGUGAGCUCCCCCUGUCCUUGGCAGCUUGUACGAAUCAGUUGGAAGUAGUGCAGUACCUUCUGGACAACCCACAUCAGAAGGCCAACCUGACAGCAACAGACACUUUGGGCAACACAGUCCUCCAUGCCCUAGUGAUGGUGGCCAAUGACACGGAGAAGAACACAGAGGUCGUUGUCAGGAUGUAUGAUGACAUCCUCUUGGAAGGUUGCAAGCUGGAUCCACAAUUGAAACUGGAGGAAAUAGAGAACAACCAAGGGUUAACUCCCUUGAAACUGGCUGCCAAAACUGGCAAAGUGGAGAUUUUCAAGCACCUUCUUCAACGAGAGAUCAAAGAUCCGAAGUUCAAGCAUCUGUCACGCAAGUUCACCGAGUGGACCUAUGGACCAGUUCACGUUUCUCUGUAUGACUUAUCCUCUAUCGAUAGUUACGAGAAAAACUCUGUUCUAGAAAUCCUGGCCUACAGCAGUGACACUCCGAAUCGAUACAAAAUGGUGGUUUUGGAACCGUUGAACAAACUGCUCCAGUGCAAAUGGGAUUCCUUUGCUUCCAGGAGAUUUAACCUAAGCUUGUUGACCUACUUGAUGUUCAUGGUGGUCUUCACAGGCGUUGCUUGUUGGCAUGCUAUGGAUAGAAGGGAUCCUUUGCAAUUAUCAAGCCGUGCUGAACAAGUAGAGUCUGCGCAUCCACGGGAGUACACAGCAGGAGAUAUGUUUCAGCUGAUUGGCCUGGUGAUUGUCUUAGUGGGUACCGUUUAUCUUCUCAUCGCUCAGACUCUUUUCUUGUGGAGGCGGCGCCUGUCCUUGAAAAGUCUGCUUUCAGAUGACUGUAUACAGGUUUUGUUGUUGGUGCAAUCACUCAUGCUGUUGAUCUCAGUGCCAUUGUACUUCAUGGGGAUGAAAGAAUAUGUGCCUUUGAUGGUUUUCUCCCUGCUGCUGGGCUGGAUGAACUUGUUGUAUUACACCAGAGGAUUCCAGCUGACAGGAAUCUACAGUGUCAUGAUACAGAAGACAAUCCUGAGGGACCUUCGGCGUUUCCUUUCAGUCUACCUGAUCUUCCUUUUUGGCUUUGCAGUGGCCCUCUUCAUCCUUACCAGUGAGGGAUUGCAGCCAGCCCAGAACAAUUCUGCCUCUGUCGCAGAAGAGAGUAAAACCAUGUACACCGGCCUGUUUACGACUUCUUUGGAACUCUUCAAGUUCACUAUUGGGAUGGGGGAAUUGGAAUUCCACGAGCACAUGAAGUUCAACUACUUUGUCAUCUUCCUCCUCCUCCUCUUUGUGAUUCUGACGUACAUCCUCCUUUUGAACAUGCUGAUCGCCCUGAUGAGCGAGACGGUCAACAAGAUCUCUGGAUACAGCCAAAGUGUUUGGAAGCUCCAGAGAGCUGUUACCAUCCUGGAGAUCGAGAAGAACUGGCUUUUGUUUUGGAAGAAGCCGCAGAGAUCUGGCUGCUUGCUGCCGGUCGGCUCAGGAGAAAAAGACAAAAGAUGGGUCUUCCGAGUGGAAGAGAUCAAUUGGGCUAACUGGGAGAAAGACGUGGGAGUCCUCAAUGAGGAUCCUGGGAGCUCUGGAGACUCUGGAGUGGAGCUUCAAGAGAAGAGUCUGUGGAGCUGGGUGUCGCAGGCAAAGACUGCUACGCCCACUGCGGCAUCCUCACCAGAGGAGUAGACGCUGUCACGUCAGCCAAUGAGCAAGAGGAAGGCAAAGAAGACACUAAACGUCUGGAGAACUUGGCUGCUGCGUAGCAGUGAAAGCCUUUGGCCAAAGCAGAGCUCCAUCGGAAAAAAGUCAAGGAAAACCACAGUGGAAGUGGCCACUGUGACUGUGCUUGUGGCUGGGAUCUGUGCCUUUGAGACUUUGUGUGCCACAGAGCAGUCCUUCCUUGAAACCAAUUCAGUGUCCCUCCCAACGGAGACCAGCAGUCCAGUAUUUAGCUGGUUAAUCCAUCUCCAAACCGAAUGCGGUCUCUCCCUACUCCUUGGCUCUCUGCCACAGGGACCCUCAACCCAGCCGGCUGCACCUUUUAUACGCAUAGGCCAGCUCUGGGUUAGGAAAUACCUUGAGAUUUUGGUGGCGGAUCCAGAGGUGCCAGGGGCAGGGGAAGGGAGGGGCAGGGGAUAAUGCCUAGGAUUGCCAGCUCCGGAUUGGGAAAUUACUGGAGAUUUGGGGAGAGGAGCCUCAGGAAGGUGGGGUUUGAGGGGAGGUACUUCAAUGGCAUAAUGACGCAGAGUCCACCUUCCAAAGCAGCCGUUUUCUCCAGGUGAACAGUCCUCUCUCACCUGGAGAUCAGGUGCAAUCCCACAUGCUCUCCACUCACCAGCUGGAGUCUGCCAAUCCUAAGCACAGCUCUGCCAAUCCUAAGCACAGUGGCGUAGGAGGUUAAGAGCUCGUGUAUCUAAUCUGGAGGGACCGGGUUUGAUUCCCCACUCUGCCGUCUGAGCUGUGGAGGCUUAUCUGGGGAAUUCAGAUUAGCCUGGGCACUCCCACA